AUGGAAGAACGCAAAUUAUACUCAGUUGCGGCAUUGGCUGCUGUUUUAACGACUCUGCUAUUCAAAUAUCUUUUGGGCUCAGAUAUCUACACAAUUACCGCUCAAUACGCGCUUCUUCCUUCAAGCUACGAUCCACAGCCAGCAACUCUUCAAGUUAGCAAGAAGACUGGAAAGGUUGUUGAAGUUUUCGGUGGUAUUAGAAAAGAUAAAAAAGUUGGUAAACUCAUCAACUACGGUCCUUCCCAGAUUCUUCUCCCAGGUCUCGUCGAUACACACGUACAUAUAAAUGAUCCAGGCAGGUCCGAGUGGGAAACCUUCGAUACAGCUACACAAGCUGCUAUUGCAGGUGGUGUCACCACUCUCAUUGAUAUGCCUCUCAACUCCAUUCCACCCACUAAUACCGUCAAAGCUUUGGUCGAGAAGAAGGCGGCUGCAACCGGCAACAUUCACUCUGAUUUGGGUUUCUGGGCUGGCAGUGUGCCUGGAAACACAAAGCACCUCUCCAGUCUCCUUAAGCAGGAAGGCGUCAAGGGUUUCAAGAGUUUCAUGAUAAACAGCGGUGUCGAUGAAUUCAAAGCAGUCUCUCCAAAGGACAUUGAAAAGGCUUUCAAGGAACUCAGCAAGAGCGCAAACAAAGGUCAUAACGUCACUAUGCUCUUCCAUGCCGAAUCCUCAAACAAGAAGACAGAAAAGGCAAUUAAAAAAGCAAUUGACAGUAGCAACCCCGCUGAUUACAACACUUACCUUCAAACUCACCCAGUCGAAUACGAAUUGGACGCCAUAAGAACGCUAAUAAUGAAAAUGCGCAAAUAUCCACUCAUUCAUGUUCACAUAGUUCACCUAUCUGCAGCUGAAGCCUUGCCAAUGAUCAGACAAGCACGUGCAGACGGUCUCAAGCUCACCGUCGAAACCUGCUACCACUAUCUCUACUUCAAUAAGGAUGAUAUACCAGAUGGCGGUGUUGAGUAUAAAAGUGCUCCACCUAUCCGUGAUGCCGCCAACAAUGCACUGCUCUGGAAGGCGCUCAACGACGGUGACAUUGAUCUCAUUACCUCUGAUCACUCACCUAGUGAUCCUCUCACUAAAAAUAUUGAGUCUGGUGACUUUUUGAAUGGCUGGGGUGGUAUCUCAUCGCUUGGUCUCGGUCUUCCAGCUUUGUAUACCAAGAUGAGCGCUGAUGAGUGCGGCUUUGGUUUAUCUUUGGGCGAGCUCGUUGAAGCCAUGUCCACCAAACCAGCCAUACUUGCUGGUCUUCAUGGAAAGAAGGGUCUUAUUGAGAAAGGUUACGAUGCUGAUUUUGUCCUCUUCGAGCCGGAAUCCGCAUACACUCUGAGUGAAAAUGACCUCUUCUACAAGCAUCAAAUCUCUCCGUACAUCGGUCAUACUUUCGCUGGAAGAAUCUCGAGAACCUAUCUCAGAGGUGUUAGGGUUUACGAUCGUCACAUGGGCGGUAUCCUCGACAAAGUUGCUCGAAGAGGUGUCUUUGUUUGA